CAACUUCAUCUUCACCAUGCUCUUUAUGCGAUCAGUUCUAUUCCUGACAAGCGCUGCAAGUUUUCUCCUGACAACAAGUAAAUCUACCCCCAUGCGUCUUAGGUGCGCAUCUCGCGCUUACAUCUCCCCUGCCAAUGGCUGAGGGACCCAAAGUCGGUGCUUUUAUGUCCUUAACACUCUGAAACCCGCGCCGCAUUCGAAGAAGGCUGCGGCCACGGAGGGUUACACCACGGCUACAUGGAGGGUCGUCCCGUCCUCGUGUGUUUAUGUCUAGCAUAUCCACUCAGUGCGGCUCCUUUUCUUGUCUGGCCACUAAAAAAAAGGAUUGCUGUUAGCCGCCCAGCUCGACGUCCUGGAGCCGCCCGCACACCUCUCCCAUCAAACUGCCGCCAAAGGCCCCAAAUAAAGCCCAUCCAGGCUUCGCAUAUCCCAGAGCUUUGGUUCAACAGCCUUGGCCAAACAGUGGGCCAUUCAACGGCCACCAAAGUGGUUCUACUCGACAUUUUCGACGAACCGCCCACCUCUUUGUGGUUUGCGCCUCCUCCCAUAACGUUUCAGUGUCCCCGUUUAGGAAGUGUAGAUACUUGGGCGAGUAAAGAAACUAAGCAUGUUUCAGCUUCCGCGAGAUGGACUAUCUGUGUCUCUUCGUCUCUAGCAGUCUAACCUUGCCGAGUUUGGGCGAUUUCUAGGUUAUAAAGUCGCAUGUAGCCCAGACAUGAAACUGCCAAACAUCAGAUCAGACAGUUCAUAGCACGCGGAUUUGUUUCGUUUUGUUUACAUUUCCUUUCCUCCAUACCUUCGCUUCAUAAGGCAGCUGUGUUGCCGUCCAUUCGC